GCUAGUUGAAAGAAGGUGUGGGCAGGAUGAUUUCACGUCCCACUUCAAGCUUUCAACAAAACUCACAAGGCUUCCAAAUGUAUAGUGGGGUGAUGGAGAGCGUGCUAUCCUCUUCCGCUGACACCGGGGCGGUGUCUGGAACGAGUCUGGCCCACUUAAAUGCUCUCCUCUACAAUAUGUCGAUCCUCAAAGACAAGGUGCAGCAGGUUCAAUCUCUGGUCGACAUCGUUGUCAUGUCCGAUCAUGGCCCACAGAAUUCUGCAGCCAUAGCUUUUGCAGGGAUGGGAACCCUAAUCCAAGAGAUCGUCGUCACUGCAUCGUCCAUGAUGUACGCUUGCCAGAAGAUGGCCCUCAGUACCGGAGUCCAGAAUCGUGGAGAUGAAUUGCACCGGCAUCAUCACACCAACGAUGUUCCAUCUCAACCAAAUAACGUGAUGGGCCAUGUGAUCCACGUCGGAGAUGAUGAUGAUGAUAGAGGCUUCUUUGAUAGAUACAAGGAAGACAAUGAUCAUAAUCACAAUAGUAACGAAGACAACGAAACAGAAUUCCAUCAUGAGAUCGGAAAAAUAGAUGGAUUACCUGAUUUUCCUUUGAUGACUGCUGGUGUUGUUGAAUUAGAUGCUGCUGAAUUACUUGCCAAAUACACCCACUAUUGCCAAGUUUGCGGGAAAGGAUUCAAGCGGGAUGCGAAUCUAAGAAUGCACAUGCGAGCGCACGGGGAUCAGUACAAGUCCAAUGCAGCUCUGAGUAACCCCAUGAAGGCGGCGGGCCAUGCCAACAACUCCUUAAUCAACUCCUCUAGAAAAUAUUCAUGUCCCCAAGAAGGGUGCAGAUGGAACAAGAAACACAACAAGUUCCAACCAUUGAAAUCGAUAAUAUGUGUCAAGAAUCACUACAAGCGGAGCCAUUGCCCGAAGAUGUAUGUCUGCAACCGAUGCAACCAGAAGCAGUUCUCCCUACUAUCUGACCUCCGAACACAUGAGAAGCAUUGUGGGGAUCUCAAAUGGCAGUGCACGUGCGGGACCACCUUCUCCAGGAAGGAUAAGCUCAUGGGCCACGUUUCGUUGUUCAUUGGGCAUGCUCCGGCAACAAACUUCUUCAGUGACCCAGGAAAUCCGACCGUUCAUGACCGGAAGUUCCGAUCGGCGCCAUGAAAGCCCUAUUGAUCAGCUUGAUUUGUGAGAGGAGAAGCUUUGUAAAGAUGCUCGCAUGUUUAUGAGACUUUUAUACAUGAGAAUCAGCAAAAUAAGGUGCUGCCAAACAUUUGUAUAAUCAUAUAUAUGAUGUUAGUUUUAC